AUGACCUCUACUUCUAAUUCUUCUGGAAAACUUCUUCUCCACAUUGAAUUAUCACCUACCGAUCAAGCAAAUACCCUCCACUCAAAAAUCAUUGAAAUCGGAGGCAAAAAAGCAAAACAAACAACAUUCAGUGAUGUCCUUCUGCAAUUACAAGAUGAGCUCCAAAUGAUCUUUCCACAAAAUUCUUGUUUUGUCAUGACCACUACAUGUAUCACUCCAGAAAUGAUCAUUGGCUCUGACGCAAAUUCCACAUCAACCAUGUCACAUUCUUCCACUGGAAGUAACAACAGUAGCGGAGGAGGAUCUAGCACUGAAAGAGGUCAUAACCGAAUGACAUCUUUUGGAACAGGUCUCGUCAAUAUGAUGUAUGGAGUUUCAUCAAAAAAGAGAAAAAGUGUUCCUGGAAGUUUCUAUUAUCAACAAAAUGAUUUUGCAUUACUUGACAGAAAGAAUACCAAUGAAUCUUCUACAUCUACACAAGAAUCAGAUUUAGGAGAUGUUGAAAUGAGAAGAGAAUUUAUCAAAAUGAAAUCUGCCGUUCUCUCAUUGAAAGAAUAUGCUCAUAAUUUUCACAUUCUCUCCAGUGAUGCACAAGCACCUGUUCAUGAUAUCUUAUAUUUGGAAUUGUUUCCAAAUUGUGCACCUACUAAGGCAAAGGUCUAUGGAAAUUAUUUGCAAACCAUUUGCAAGAAUGAAACAUUGUUUAAUUUCCACUUUUUAAUGAAACACUUGAAAGCAAAUGCUUUAAAUAGCAAUUGGAUUGUUUCUGAAUUGGAGUCUGGAAAAAAGGUUCAACUCACGACAUUGAUGAGUCCUCUCACCAUUCGUUCACCUCUCUCCAUGAAAACCAUUUCAUCAGCAAGCAUUGAUUGGAAGAACAUUGAAACAUUGUAUAGUUCUCUCACAGAAGAAGAACGAUUUCAUGUCAGAGAACCAGCUCUCUUUCUUUUGAAAGAAGUUAAAAUUCCAUUUGUGUUGAGAGCUUGUUUUAACUUUCUUCGAACUUCACCAAGCGAAUCAGAUCCACCAAGAUUGUGCUGUGAAGGAAUUUUCAGAAUGGCAGGCUCCAAGAUGAAGAUUGAAAAAUUUGUCAAGAAAUUUAACACCAUGCUUGCAUUUCCUCAUUUAUUUCCAAAUGGUGUUCAGUUUGCUCCUGGAACCGAUGCUCACAUGGUUGCUGAUUUAGUGAAGAGAUUUUUACGUGAAAUGCAAGAUCCUUUAUUGACCUAUGAAAAGUAUGAUGAUUUCAUUCGUCUCUAUGAACCUUAUAUCGAACUUGAUGAAAUUUCUCUCGAGUCGGAUCCAAGUGUUUAUACCUAUGUGUUUGAAGGAACUAAGAGAUUGAUUCAUACAUUACCACAAACUAAUCAAAGUGUCCUUCGUGAAUUGCUCAGUAUUUUGAAAUUAGCAAGUGUUGGAGAAUAUUCAACAGUGACAAAAAUGACACCCAAGACAAUGGCUAUUGUGAUGGGAACCAAUUUAAUGUUUGUUCCUCAAUCUUCUGUGGCAGUCGUAUUGGAUGAUUUUAAGAGAAUGUCCAUUCGAGCUCACUUGCAAAAACAACAACAAACAUUGCCAAUUAUUUGUCAAGUGUGUCGAUUCUUAAUUGAAAAUGUUGAUUCACUAUUUUCUGGAGGCAGUAAUUUGAUGAAUUCCAAUUUGAACACAGCUGGUCACAGAAAAUCCAUGAGUAUCAGUCUUGGAGGUCUAUCCACUGCUGAUGAUUUCAGUUCCUUCUCUGUAUUAUCUGGAAGAAGAUCUGCUCAAUUUACUACUUCCAUGAUUCAACAAUUGCAAAAUGUCAUUAAGGAAGAGGGAAAUUCAGCAUCCAAUAAUGUUCAAGCUGCAUCCACUACCAAUCAUCAAGAGAUACUCAAGAAACAAGAAGCUGCUGACAAUGCCAUUAAAGUAAUGGAAGAACAAAUGAAAGAAAUUGAAGAGGAUUAUCAAAAUCAAUUGCAACUCUUGAGUGGUGAGUUAGAGGAAUUGAGAAAGGAUCUUGCCUUUAAGGACGAAACGAUCAUGUCUCUUAAAAAGGAAACAUUUACAAAUCUUCAAAAAGAAGAUGCUAUUAAGAAAUUGAAUGAAACAUUACUUUUCAUUCAAAAAGAAAAAACAGAAUUAGAAACUCUUUCCAAUAAUCUCAAACAACAAUUAGAGGAGAAGGAGGAACAAAACAAGGAAUUGACCGAGUUUUGUGAAAGACUUACACUCAAUUUAGAAAGUAAAGAAAAAGAAUUAGAAGAAAAGACGAAAGGACAACAAACCAAUCAUACCUCUCCUCGUGGAGCUACCAUUGAUCUCAGACAACGCCAACAAGAGGAAGAAGAAAGAAAACUCUACAUGGAGAAUCGUCUCGCUCAAUUACUCGCACAAGAACAAGUCAAAUGGAAGAAUGAAGUUCAAGAAUUGUUGGCAUCUGAAAAAGAGAAAUGGAUGAAAACAGCAGAGCAAGAAAAAACUACACUUACUUCACGAAAUGAAAAGCAACGUGAUGAGUUAGAAAAAUCACACGCCAAACAACUCGAACAACUCAAACAAGAGUAUGAAACCAAGCUGACAUCUCUAAAAAAGGAAAAAGAAAAUUCAGAAAAUUCUCUUCGUGUGGAAUUCCAACAACAAGUACAAGAACAAACAAAGAAAAUUCAAGAAGAGUUACAAGAAGCUCUUUCUAAACAACGAGCACAAAUUGAACAAGAUGAACUUGUACCACUUCAACAACAAGUUGCUUCACUCAAUGAGGAAUUAGUCAUCAAAACAAAACAAUUCUAUCAUCAAGCAUUGUUGAAUAUGAAGUUAGUGUUGAAUGACCACAAUUUUGACAUUCCAGAGCUCGUUGAACAAGCCAUGAAUGAAAAAGUUCCUGAAACCAAUAUGAAUGAGUGGAUUUCUAAGAAAUUAAGCAUGAUCAAAUAA